UAGAUGGGGACAUUUGCUGCAGUGUAUGUACAGGGGACAUAGGGACUUUUGUUCUCUUCUUUGUACAGGAGAAUGUACACCAGGGAAGCCAUGCAGCAGCAGCAGCAGCAGCAGUAGUAGUACUAGUAGUAGUAGUAGUAGCAGCAGCAGCGGUGGUGGGGGGCAAGCAGCAGGUGGUGGUGGUGCUGCAGCAGGAGCAGCAGCAGCAAAUGCAUCAAGAGCAACAGGUAGCAGCAAACGUGUAGGACAAAGACCAUCUGCAGCAGGAGGAACAGCAGCAGCAGCAACAUCAGCAGCAGCAGCAGCAGCAGGUUCUGCUUCUGGUUUCUCUGACAGUAGACGUUGUGGUGCCUCAACAGACAGCAGCAGCAGCAGCAGCAGCAGCAGCACAAACCAAUCAAACAGAAGCAGCAGCAGCAGCAGCAGCAGCAACAGCAGCAGCAGCAGCAGCAGCAGUUUAGAUAAUGAUUCAAUAGGAGACAGUGGUACAUUUUGCUGUGUCUGUUGGAGCUGCAGCAGCAGUGCAUUGAAUUGUUUGCUGCGCUGCAGUUGCUGCCAGGUGUCUGUACACCGUCAUUGUUAUUGCUCAAUACCUUAUGCAGCAGCAGGAGGAGGAGGAGGAGGAGGAGGAGGAGCAGCAGGAGGAGGAGGAGUAGCAGGAGGAAUAACAGGAGGAGGAUUAAUAGGAGGACAGACAAGAAUAGGAUUAGGUACAGGUAUAGGUAUAGGUGGUUCAUGUGCAUCAGCAGCAGCAUCAGCAGCAGCAGCAGCAGCAGCAGCAGCACCUAAUGGUGAAGGAUGGUUAUGCAUGCGCUGUGAUUGGGAGAAAAGGUUGGUGGGGCUGCAGCAGCAGCGCAGCAAUUUUAAUUUAUCUACAAUUGUUUGUUGUAUAUGUGGUAAGAAAGGAGGUGCAUUUAAGAGGGCCUUAUCCUUACGUCGCUACCAGCAGCAGCAGCAGCAGCAGCAGCAGCAGCAGCAGCAGCAACAGCAGCAGCAGCAGCAGCAGGGGCAAGGGGGGGAGGGACAAUGGGAUGCAGAGGCAGCAGCAAGAAAUGAUUGUAUAGAUAUGAUUCAUCUACAAUGUGCCUUAUGGUUACUUCCUGUUGCCAGGUGUAUAGACACCUUAAGAUUAGAGCCAUGGGUAUUAACAUCAAUACCUCAUGCUGCUGCUGCUGCUGCUGCUGCACAGCAGCAACAAAUCUUAUUGCAACAACAACAGCAACAACAACAACAUUUGCUGCAAGGGGAUGGCCUUGAUCCUGAUAUUGAUCAAGGAAAAAUAUCUCCUGCUGCUCCUCCUGCUGCUCCUCCUGCUCCUGCUGCUCCUCCUGCUGCUCCUGCUGCUGCUGCUGCUGCUACACCUGUACAGUGGCUGCUGCCUGGGUUUGUUUGCUUCUCUAAGGCUCCUGUUGCUGUCUGCUGUGUCUGUCAAGUAGAUGUAGGGGUAGUAAGGCGUUGCUGCGGCAGCAACAGCAGCAGCAGCAGCAACAGCAGCAACAGCAGCAACAGCAGCAGCAGCAACAGCAGCAGCAGCAACAAUUACUGCAACAAAUACUUUCAUCCUUAUUGUGCAUGGCUUAAUGGUUUCUAUGUAAAAGUUCGCUGUAGCCAAAGACCAUUCCCUCUAAUAGAUCAGCAGCAGCAGCAGCAGCAGCAGCAACAGCAGCAACAGCAGCAGCAAUUGCUGCUGCAGCAGCAGCAUAGAUCAGGGUCUGUAGUAGAUCUAGAUGAGGAAGGGUCAUCUCCUGCUGCAGAAGGAGACACAUCUGAUGACAAAACAGCAGCAGCAGCAACAGGAGCAGCAACAGGAGCAGCAACAGCAGGAGGAGGAGGAAACAACAACAACAGCAGCAGCAACAACAACAGCAGCAGCAGCAACACCUGCAGCAACAACAGCAGCAGCAGCAGCAGCAGCAGCAAAUCUAUACAACGUAUAGGAUUAACAGAGGAUGUGCUGCUGCAGCAACUUGUUGUUGAUGUCUUUUGUCCUCAACAUACACCACAUUAUGCUCAUAAAAGGCAGCAAGCACAGCAGCAACGAAUAAGGUAUGAGAGGGCAUCUCUAUCAGGAGGAAUAUCCUUAAGUAGGCCUCCUUAUGGUGCUGCCCCUGCAGACCAGCCUGCUGCAGUUGCUGCUGUUGCUGCUGCUGCUGCUGCAGCAGCAGCAGCAGCAUCUGCUGCUGCACCUGCAGAAGCAUCAUCUUCUUCUAGCAGCGCUAAAAGAAGUGGUAGCAGCAACAGCAGCAGCAGCAGCAGCAAAAAUAAGGCAGCCAGCAGCAGCAGCAGCACCACCACCACCACCAACAAACAACGCAUGCUAAAGAUGGAAGCAGAUGCAGCAGCAGGAACUGCAGCAGAAGGAAAGGGAGCAGCAGCAGCAGCAGCAGCAGCAGCAGAUGGUACACUAGAUGAUAUCCCUAUCUCUGUAGAUGUAUAUGCAGAUGAUGUCUGCGCUGUCUGCUUACGCGAAGCAGGAGCUGGUUCCUCUUUAUGUGUGUGU